CAGUUACUCUGUGGUUUUUGACCUUUUUAAAUUAGGUUACUGUCUGUGGACUGUCAUGGAAGUAGUAAACACUUUAGUUACUACACGUUAAUUGAUGUGGUCUUUGGUUUCUCAAGCAAGACUGACACCUUGGCUGUUUUUUGUUUAUGGAAAAGCUAACUUCUAAUCUUUGCAUCUAUUUUAGUAAUAGUUAUGCACGAGUGCGAGCUGUGGUGAUGACCCGGGAUGACUCAAGUGGUGGAUGGUUACCACUUGGAGGGAGUGGACUAAGCUGCGUCACUGUCUUCAAAGUCCCUCACCAGGAAGAGAAUGGCUGUGCUGACUUUUUUAUCCGUGGAGAGCGACUCAGGGACAAAAUGGUGGUUUUGGAAUGUAUGCUUAAAAAAGACCUCAUUUACAAUAAGGUCACUCCAACAUUUCACCACUGGAAGAUUGAUGACAAGAAAUUUGGCCUUACCUUUCAAAGUCCUGCUGAUGCUAGGGCUUUUGAUAGAGGCAUUCGAAGAGCUAUAGAGGAUAUUUCUCAAGGAUGCCCAGCAUUUAAAACUGAAACUGAAGGAGCAGAAGACAACUUACAAGCAGCUGAAGAGGAUACUUCCAGUUCUCUAGUGAAAGAUCACCUUUUCCAGCAAGAGACAGUUAUAACCAGUGAGCCUUACAGAAGCUCAAGACCUUCUCCCUUUGAAGAUCUGAAUGCCAGAAGAGUCUACCUGCAAAGCCAAGCCAAUCAGAUAAUGUUCAGUCAUCCAGGCCUAGACAUUCAGGGCAGAAGUAUAGAAUAUGUACAGCGGCAAAUACCGAAGGAAUGUGGAAGCCUAAAGUCCCAAAAUAAGGUCCCUUUGAAAUCAAUCCGACAUGUCAGCUUUCAAGAUGAGGAUGAGAUUGUCAGAAUAAACCCUCGCGAUAUCUUAAUACGCCGCUAUGCAGACUACAGACAUCCUGACAUGUGGAAAAGUGACUUGGAGAGAGAUGAUUCUGACUCCAAUAUUCAGUUUUCUAAACCAGACAGUAAAAAAUCAGACUAUCUGUACUCUUGUGGGGAUGAGACUAAGUUAAGUUCACUCAAAGACUCUGUGGUAUUUAAGACACAGCCUUCCUCAUUAAAAUUUAAGAAGUCAAAACGAAGAAAAGAAGAUGGUGAACGUUCUCGCUGCGUAUACUGCCAAGAAAGGUUUAAUCAUGAAGAAAAUGGCAGGGGAAAAUGUCAGGAUGCUCCAGACCCUAUUAAAAGAUGCAUAUAUCAAGUUAGUUGCAUGCUCUGUGCAGAGAGCAUGUUGUAUCAUUGUAUGUCAGACUCAGAGGGAGAUUUUUCUGAUCCCUGUUCAUGUGACACUAGCGAUGACAAGUUCUGCUUACGAUGGUUAGCCCUAGUAGCUUUGUCUUUCAUUGUACCAUGUAUGUGCUGCUACGUCCCUUUGAGAAUGUGCCAUCGUUGUGGUGAGGCGUGUGGGUGCUGUGGUGGGAAACAUAAAGCUGCUGGAUGAAAGCAUCCAGUGCCAAAAUGAGCUUAAAAUCUUUGUGUCCAGGAGUUAGCUAACUUGGAUUUGUGGAAGCUUUUGGCAAGCAUUAUGAAAUCUUGCCUGGUAUCAUUGGGGCCACACGUGGAGGAAGCAGAACUCAUCAGUUCUUGGCAUUUCACAAAUGCUAGCCAUGCCUAACUUUUUCCCUGGAGUGCAUGGCAUGUUUUGUUGCAGGUUCUAAAGAAUAUUUGCAAAAGGAAACCAUUUCUGGUUACUGGCUAUAUAAAGUGAGCAUAAAUAUGAUCCAACUAAAAGGGAUUAAUUUUUUGGCAUUUUUGUAUAUUUAUGCAUUAGGUGAUGGGACUUUUAAAGGUUUGAAUUCAUUAAGAUAUAAACUUAAAGUGCACUAGGGGACAGUUGAUUUCAAUCUAAAAAAAGUUAACACUUGGGAACUGUAAGAAGUAAAACAAGUGCAACUAAAUCAUUUAUUAGUUGUUUUUUGAAAGCAGUUUUAUGUAUAAAUAACAAAUGUUUAUAUUUAACUAAAUAUAAGGUACGAAUUAUUACAUAUUAAACUUUUCCUCCCCUUCCUAGUUCUGAAGUAGAUGUACAUAUAUCUACUGUCACAUUCCAUUAUAUUUUGAAUAUUUUACUUAUCUAGUUAAUAACAUUUUUGUUCCAUGUGAAUGAUUUGAUAUUUUCAUUGUCAUUUCCCUUUGGCUACAGUUUAUAUUGAGUUAUAUCUGUACAUUCUGGUAAUCUAAAAUCCUUAAAAAAUAUUCUAAUAGCCUUGAGUGACCAACUUUUUUUUAAAGCACAGAUGUAAUUGUCUAAUGUUAUGAUGGGAACAUAACACUUAUUUUUAUAUGAAAAGAGACUGAGUAAACAUUAUAGAAAAAAGUAAGGUUUUGGGUUGUUGUUUUGUUUUUUUGUGGUAUUCAACCAGCAAGUUGUUUUCUUUCAGAGUUUCCUCCUUCAAAAAGUUAUAUUGCAUUUACAAAUGUUUUACAAGGUGAAAAGUGUAACUGGAUAGUUAGAGUAAGUAAAACAGUUUCCUCCUGAGAUUUCCACUUAUCAUUCUGCUAAACCAGAAUAUGUUCAGCUGUGUUACUAACUUUUUAGCUUAAUUCUCAGUGCUUAUUAUCACAUAACAAUGAUAACUUUUCUCAGUUGCAUUUUAUUUUAUUUAAACUGGCCAAAAGCAAACUUAUUUUAUAUAAAGGAUGUGCUAAACUGUCCCAAGGAAGUAUUUAAUCCAGAAUUGUGAAUGAAAUAUCUUGUACGUAUAAAUUAGUUUCCUUUGCAGAGCAUUGUCUUACUGGAUGUUUUAUUUACAAAGUAAUUGGAUAAAUGUUCUAGCAAAUUGUUUGAAGUACUUUGGGGUCAAAUUGUCUUUUUUUUUUUUUAAAGUGUUACAUUAAAACUCUAACCAAGUAAGGGGUUCCUUAAGAACAUUCCCUUAAAGGGAAAAGUUGAGAAGUGUGCCUUUUUUUAAUGGCUUGAAGUUUCAGAAGUGAUAAAAAUUAAAAUCACACUACUGUUAGAAGCUCAUUUUCUAUGCAGGUUUUUUAAUGUCAUUUAUGUAAUCAUUCUUUUUACAUAUCACACUUACGCUUGUGUUAGCUUUCUUCUUUUGCCCCAGAUCAAACUGAACAAUGUAUAUAACACUAUCUGUCUGUAAAAUACUUUUUUUAAGAAAGCAUUUAUAUUUAUAUGACAGCUUGAACUGACAACAUUGUGUAUAUAGAUCAUCUUAAAGUAUUAUUUCACAUUGAAAAGAAGAAAAAUAUAUUGAUAACUAUAGAUGUUAUGAAGAAGAGGUUAUUUCUAGUUUUGUACUAAAAAUUAAUUGGAUGAACUAAGUCCAAAACAUGACACCGUAGCAGCAGUUUUAAGUCUUAUUUUUACUGUUUAUAUAUUUGGAAGCUGCUACACCAGAUGAUCUUCAUCCCUGAAGUUUUCAGCUAAACUUGGUUUCCUAGAAUAGACUGUUAACUUUCAAAAUUACUUUUUAUUGGUAAAAUGGAAAUACUGAUUUUCCUUGUGAAUGAAUUUUCAUAUUUGUAAGUGCUGAGUUUAUAAUUCAGGUUUGAUCAGGUGUGAACAACUGAAGAAAAUAACUUGCUGGCUAUAUAGGAAAAUGCUGUGGAAAUGAACUGUGUAUAUACUUCUGGGAAGAACAAAUUUAAUCAUUUCUUCUGUUGAGCACUAAUCAGUAUAGUGCAACUCCUGGUCCUGUACUGUAUUUUAUAUGCAACAUAUAUGCUUUAAUAUUUUAAUGUUUGUGCAUUAAUAUUUUCAAUUUGUUUAACCACUUUGCUGCUAAGAUUUUUCCGUCCCAUCCCCAGUUUUUCCUUUACAGUUUUAAACAAGUUUCUUCAUUAAAAACUAUGGUCAUGAAAUGGUUUUUAUUUUACCUUGGAUCUUUAUAGUUUAACACACCCAGGUUCCAAAUCAGUCUAGAAGACUAACUGAUAAUAUGUUACCUGAAUCCCUAUGUGGAAAUUUUCUCUUGAGUAAAUUAGAAUUCUUACGUGAAUUCUUAGGUUAAAUUUCUCAUUCUUAAACGUGUAUAGGUAUAUUCAGGAACAUUUUUUGUUCUACAUACAGAUUUGGCACUGCCAAUUGGCUUGUCCUCUAAAACCUUUCUCUUUGGUUUUAAUCUGGUAGUAGAAGCAAAUGGCUAAACAAAACUGCUUAAGAAAUAGUAAAUAUUGAAAAUGAAAUCAUUUAGAUGGCAUGACAAGAAAGACUUUCAUCUGAUGGCUUGUUCAGAAUUGAUAAUCCUUACAUGAUUUGUCUCCUGACUUGACAGGGGAAUCAUUUGAUUUCUGAAGAAAUAUGAGGUAUGUAACUUCAGCACCACCUACUGGAUGAUUUAUAGACCAUAAGUGAGGUGGCAGUUGGGAUCCGAAAGGAUUCAUCAUUACUACCAGUAAAGGGCUAUUUAAGUGGUGGCCACCUCCAAAUGGAGAAAGCAGGAAUAAGAAAUAUCUCAAAGAAACUGUAAAACCAAUCUUUUCCCUAAUGUGUCUUGUUGAAAGAUUUUAAGCACUUUUUUCUUACAUAUCCUGUUUUUAAAUAUUUAUCAAUAUUUGGAACUGGCAGUCAAACUUACUGUGCCGAAGCAUUUAUAGAACCAAUUCUUUCAACUUGCAAAAGCCAUUUACCAAAAUGAUAUUCUUACUUUUCCUCCCAUUACCAGUCAGGGAGAAUUUUUUAGAAAAAAUAAACAUCACUGUAUUUCAUCAUGACAACUUCAGAGAGUGUGUGUGUCUCUGGGAUGAUGUUGGGCAGGGGUUAACAUUUAAAGGGGGCAACUUAAAACUACCUGUUUUCAUUGGUUAUUCAGCAGUGCCUAAAAUGAACUUUUGAAGUAAUACAAAUGCACUUUCAAUUCAUGUGUAUAGUGCCAUCUGAUAUCUUGGGUAAGUCUUGUCUUUUCUUUUUCUCUCCCCAGCCCCCCCCUUAAAUGAACACUACAGAGAUGUUUCUUAAUACCUAUAUGUCUCCGAAAUACAGGAAAUACAUACUUUCCUCCAGAUUUAAAGACUCUUAAGGAUGUUUGUUUUGUUGAAAUAUACUUUAGGUUUUGUGAUACACUUUGGAAUAUGUGUUUAAGAUUGGGUUUGUUAUUUUAGCCUAAAGAUAUAUUAAACAAGUGUAACAUUUUUCUACAUGAAACUUUGAAAACUUUAGUUACCUGGAAAACAUAGAUUCUUAACUAAAUAUUCUUAUUCUUAAUUUCCAAGAUCACAUUUCUAAGUAUAAGGGGAAGCACAUUGUUACACUAAAAAAAAAAAAAAAAAUUGGUCUAUAGUCCACAAUAAUAGCACCAUAAGGUGUUUUGCAGUAAGUCAAAACAAAGAAAUCACAACCUGAGAUAAUUUAUAUAAACCAAAAAUUAAGGUGGGGGGACUUUAAGUUAUUAAGGUACUGUUUGCCUAGCAGCCAGGUGGUUAUAAAACUUUGAUAUGCUUUGAAACACUGAUGUUAGCCAUUGUUCCUGAAAGCUCCUUAAAUUGCAUAAGUUGCUAGUUUUGAAAAUUUUCAAGAAUAAUCUAGUUGAAAAGCCUUUGUAUUAAAGAUACACAUAGAGAUUUUUGUGAACAUUGCCAGUAUGUAGUAUCAUUUGCUUUCUAUUUUUGACCUCAAAAGUGCCUCACUUGUAUAUUAUUUCCAUUAAAAGCUUGACUGCAUUCUUUCCAAUAAGCAAUGAAAAAUUGUUUAACUCAUGUCAUAAUGUAUCUCCUUAGAUAUAGUUGACUAG